AUGGAAAACCAAACUGGUAGAUCAGAGUUUAUUUUCUUGGGACUUUCCAGUGAUCCUCAGCUGCAGAUCUUCUUCUUUGUAAUAUUUUUUACCAUUUAUUUCAUAACACUCUCGGGGAACAUUACAAUCAUCCUAGUCAUAAAAACAGACCCUUCACUUUACUCACCAAUGUAUUAUUUUCUCUCUCAUUUGUCUUUUGUUGACAUCUGUUACUCUACUGACAUUGUUCCUAAGAUGUUGGCAAACUUGCUUAUGAAGCAAAAGACUAUCUCCUCCACUGGCUGCCUUACACAGAUGUUUUUCAGCCUUCUCUUGAGUGUUACAGAAGUGUUUAUCCUUUCAGCAAUGGCUUAUGACAGAUUCACUGCUGUGUGUCAUCCACUUCACUAUGUGGUGGUCAUGAACAAAUCAAUAUGCAGUUGCCUGGUGAUGGGCUCAUGGCUAAUGGGUUUUUCUUUUGCAGUAAUAAAUACAGUGCCUACAUUAAAAGUACAGUUCUGUGACUCUCAUGAAAUCUGGCACUUUAGCUGCGAACUCCCACCAUUGUUGAAACUAUCUUGUUCUGACACCUUCCUCAAUAAUACAAUCCUUUAUUUUUCUGUUGUAGUUUUUGGGCUUGGUUCUUUUCUACCAACCUUGGUCUCCUACAUUCACAUCAUUUCCACCAUUUUGAAGAUCCACUCAACGGAGGGACGACUCAAAGCUUUCUCUACCUGUAGUUCUCACCUGACCGUGGUUGGUUUACUCUAUAUGACAGGAAUGUCCCAGUACAUGAAACCCAGCAGCAUCUCUUCAAUAGUGGUGGAUGAACUUUUCUCUGUUCAGUAUAGCAUUUUGACUCCUAUGCUGAAUCCAAUUAUUUACAGUUUGAAAAAUAAAGAAGUGAAGAGAGCGCUUGGGAAAAUGUUUGGGAAAAAGUAA